UACAACGGUGCCGGAAUCUCUCAAGUAACAAGUAACGGGUGUGCACUUAGUUUUGGAAAAAGAUCGAUUAUCUCUUUUUUGAACUUGAAGUUAUAAAUACAAAUGCUGGCAUAGUGAAUACCUAAUCAUGCAAUUGAGGAUGAGCAUGCCAAAAUUCAAAUUUAUACAAUUGACUUGGGGAAACUACCCAUGCUGGAAACUGCCAGUCUGCAAGGUAUGGCAAUUUCGACAAGAUCUGGCCGGUGCGGGCUUGUUCAGCUGUUGCGGCGUGGUGCGGAUUUCGCUUGGUGUGCGGAUUUAGUGGAUCACAGUGCAGAUUUGGCUUGGCGAUGGACUUGACGGACAAGACGAUAUUGAUGAGGCAAAUCGAAAAACAUUGCUGGAGCUUUUAUGUGUAAUUCAGUGUCCCCUGGGUUUAAAUGAGUGUGCAACUGCUGGUCAUUUUUGGGUUCUGUGCGGAUCUUUUACCCUCAGCCCACAUUGGGGUGGAUUUUCCGGUUUUGAAUUUUCCUCAUAUAUCUUGUCUGGUCUGUCAUGUCCAUCAACAAGCAAAUCUGCAAUGUGCUACACCAGUGUCCCAAAAUUAGGGAUAUUUUGGCUUGGGUGUUCGAGGGUAAAAUUCCUCACUACAAAGAGGACUGAAAGUGGAAAAUUGACAGUCAGAAAGAUACAAAGAAGAAUGAAAACAUGAUCACCAUUUUCUAUGUGAAUGUUACAGGAUGUGGGAGCUGCAAUGAUUUAAUGGAAUUUGAAUGUAGGUACAAGCCAGCCAGCAAAUGUACAUGCGGAUGAUCUUAGUUGUUAAAGUUGGGAGGGCAACUUGUCCUGGAAAAUUAAAGCAGCAACAUGGUAAACCGUUGUUGUGUCAAGACAUGCAAGCAACACUUUGAUUACAAGCCCCAACAUAAGCAGGGUGCAAAAUGGAAACUACACAGAACCUUGGUACGUCACCUGCGACGGCGACGUCACCUGCGAGUUCCGCGGAACCCCUGACGCCGUCACCAGCUGGACCAUCCGCGGCACUGGACCAUCCAGCGACGGCCGUGACGCCGUCACCAGCUGGACCAUCCGUGGCACUGGACCAUCCAGCGACGGCCGUGACGCCGUCACCAGCUGGACCAUCCGCGGCCCUGGACCAUCCAGCGACGGCCGUGACGCCGUCACCAGCUGGACCAUCCGCGGCACUGGACCAUCCAGCGACGGCCGUGACGCUGUCACCAGCUGGACCAUCCGCGGCCCUGGACCAUCCAGCGACGGCCGUGACGCCGUCACCAGCUGGACCAUCCGCGGCCCUGGACCAUCCAGCGACGGCCGUGACGCCGUCACCAGCUGGACCAUCCGCGGCACUGGACCAUCCAGCGACGGCCGUGACGCCGUCACCAGCUGGACCAUCCGCGGCACUGGACCAUCCAGCGACGGCCGUGACGCCGUCACCAGCUGGACCAUUCGCGGCACUGGACCAUCCAGCGACGGCCGUGGCGUCGACUCUGCCAGUGCCGGAGACGACGGCGACGUCACCUGCGAGUUCCGCGGAACCCCUGACGCCGUCACCAGCUGGACCAUCCGCGGCCCUGGACCAUCCAGCGACGGCCGUGACGCCGUCACCAGCUGGACCAUCCGCGGCACUGGACCAUCCAGCGACGGCCGUGGCGUCGACUCUGCCAGUGCCGGAGACGUCGGCGACGUCACCUGCGCCGCUGGUGUCAACACCGCACGGACACCAGCUGCGAGCUGGUAAACGGCGGUGGAGUGGAAGCAGAGCGCGCAAGCCACCAGCCAGCUGACUCAGAGCCCAGGGGGCGUUCGCCACCAACAUCCGCACGGCGCAGCUGCAGAGGUGAUUUCUGCCAUGGAGCAGCAUCCGCGGCUCCAUGACAUCAUCCUUCCAUCAUUCUCCAUCAUCAUUUCCGGAGCUCACCCGACGGCGGAGCUGGCGACGCCCGCGCCCCGCCUGGCCGUCCAGCCUGCGCGCUCCGCCGCGCGCCGCGGGCCCGGCUCGCCGAGACGUCCGGCUUAGGUCGGCGUUUGAGGCGCGGCGGGGGGCAACGUCUCUGUGCCCUGCUCCGGGUCCCCGCCGCCUGCGGUCUCUUCUGCUGCCGCCACUGAGGGGAACGGCUCUUCUUCGUCGUCGUCGUCGUCGUUGUUCCCUCCAGCCCCCUAGGGGGCGUAGCCGAUGAGGCUCAAUUGGGCGCGGUAGCGAAGACAUCAUCGGUCGACGGUGAUGCUGGCGGGCCGGUGGCGGCGUGCCCCGUCGGCAGCGCGCCUGGGGAGGACGCUGGUGACGACGAAUCUUCAUCGCCGUCGGCACCGGUCGCGAGCGAGUCGCUGUUUAGUUGGCCUGCUACUGUGCCAAAAAGUGCGACUGUGGCCAGACUGGUAUACGAUUUGUCAGUGCUUACGCCCCUCUUGCCGUGCCGGCCGUGCUCUUUGCCGUCUAUUGGGGAUGCGUUAGAGUUAUCGUUUUGGGGUUUAUACCGGUAUCAAGAUUGAUUUAAAUGAUGGAUUUCAUCACAUUUCUCGCGCACGUUCCACACGUCCUUUUGGUGUUUUGUAUGAUGGUAAAACGUGCUUAUACCUUUUCUCUGUUACCAAUGGGCCCUAUUAGGUACUGCAUCUCCUGCAUUAUUAGGUAGAGAUGCAGUACCAUUAUUAGGUACUGCAUUAUGAGGUACUGAAGGAGAUGCAGUUAGGUACUGCAUCUCCUUCGGAGAUGCAGUACCUAACAGAUGCUUUCAGUGAACUUGUAGAGUCGAGAUUUAACGUCAGGUGUUUGGCGUAUUUAGAUGAUUUUCUUUUCAUGUCCAAGGACGCUGAAUGGUAUCGCUGCGUUUCUGACUAGUGUUGGGUUGUGUAUUAAUUUCAAUAAAUUAGUUCUCGUUCCGUU